AGGAGUCCUGGAUCGCGCUCACCGAGCCGGAGUUUGUGUCAGGUGCGGGCUGCAAGUGCGGCGUGAAAGGACCCAUUGCCUUGCAGCCGUCCAUCCUCCGGACCAAGGAUGACCCGCUAUCGUUAGAGUUAAAGAAGCCGCAAGGUUUGCGAAGGUUUUCUCUCGUCACCGAGGAAGCCCAAGAGAAAGGACCAUGAGGACGCUGCUUCUGAGAUGCUGUUGCUGGCUGCUGUUAUUGGCUCUCUGCGCCAUAAGUCGAGGGGAGAAGGCAGGGGCAAGCAAUGGAGACGGUCAAGCUGCAAACACACCUGUAGGGACGCUGCCUCGCUUCCAGAUUGAACCAGAGGAUUCCUACAUUGUGAAGAACGACCCCAUUAAGCUGCGUUGCAAAGCCAUGCCUGCCAUGCAGAUCUUCUUCAAGUGCAACGGCGACUGGGUGCAUCAGGACGAACACAUGCUGGAAGAGGACAUGGAUGAGCUGACAGGGCUGGACGUUCGGGAGGUCCUGAUCAACAUUUCACGCCAGCAAGUGGAGGAUUUCCAUGGCCCGGAAGAUUACUGGUGCCUCUGCGUGGCCUGGAGCGAGCUAGGGACAACAAAAAGUAGAAAGGCAACUGUCCGGAUAGCAUAUCUGAGGAAGAAUUUUGAGCAAGAUCCACAGGCAAAAGAAGUACCUUUGGAAGGGAAGAUUAUUCUGCACUGUCGUCCUCCUGAGGGAGUUCCCACUGCCAAGGUCGAAUGGUUGAAGAAUGAAGAGGCGAUUGAUCCUCAGCACGACCCCAAUGUUUACACAACCGCAGAGCACAGUCUGGUCAUCGAGCAAGCGCACCUCUCCGAUUCAGGCAACUACACCUGCAUUGCCUCCAAUGUGGUUGCCCGGCGACGGAGUACUGUCGCCACGCUGACAGUGUUUGUCAACGGUGCCUGGUCCUCUUGGACAGAAUGGUCGCCCUGUAGCGUCCACUGCGGCCGAGGGUGGCAGAAACGAACCCGCACCUGCACCAACCCAGCGCCACUCAACGGGGGAACCUUCUGUGAUGGGACCUCAGUCCAGAAGAUUGUCUGCUCCUCUCUUUGCCCAGUGGACGGGGGCUGGGAGCCCUGGAACGGAUGGUCAGCAUGCUCCCCCGAGUGUGAACACCAGCGGGUGCGUGCAUGCGUGGCUCCCGAGCCGAGGUAUGGCGGAAAGUUCUGCGAGGGACUGGGGCAGGAAUCGGAGAACUGUACAGAAGGCCUGUGCGUUCAGAACCAGCCACCAGUGCAGGAGGUGCAACCUCAAAGUAUCGAGAUCAACAGUGAUGUGGCAUUAUACUCCGGGCUCGGGGCCGCAGUGAUCGCAGUCACUAUGCUUGUGGUGGGCAUCACGCUGUAUCGGAGAAGUCAAAGUGAAUAUGGUGUCGAUGUUAUCGACUCUUCAGCCCUUACUGGUGGUUUCCAGUCUUUCAAUUUCAAAACAGUCAGGCAGGGAAAUUCCCUGCUCCUGAACCCAUCGAUGCAGCAAGACUUAACGGUGAGCAGGACCUAUAGCGGACCGAUCUGUUUCCAGGAACCAAUGGACAAGGAACUCAUGACCCAGUCGCCCCUCUUUGACUCUCUGCCGGGGAUCAAGGUUAAAGUGCAAAGCUCAUUAAUGGUUUCCCUCGGGGUUGCAGACGGAGUGGAGUAUCAGGGACGGGUGCCAUCCCGGACUUACCCGCGCAACAGCCGGGUUGUUGACAAAAUGCACGCGAGAAGCAAUGCAUCGAGCUCUCAGCACCUCCCUGGUGCUUUCCCGAGGGCCGACGACAGGACGAGCAGUAUUUUUGGGUGCCUUGGAGGCUGCCUGGUGGGACCAUCCAAAGGAGUCCGUUUAAUGGUUCCUUUGGGAUCAAUUCCUGAGGGGAAUUCAUGGGAAAUGUACAUUGCAGUCAAUCAAGGCGAAACUAGUCUACAGCCUGAAGGAGCGGAGAUCCUGCUGAGUCCGGAGGUGACCUGUGGACCGCCUGGUUUAGCCUUGUCCAAUCCGGUUGCUCUGACGAUCCCUCACUGUGCGAUGGUGUGUCCGGACCACUGGAGCAUAAAGCUAAAGAGACAGGUCCUGGCAGGAAAAUGGGAGGAAGUGAUGUCACUUGAAGAUGAGACCACAUCCUGUUACUGCCUGCUGGACCCUCACUCCUGCCACAUCCUACUGGAACAGCUUGGAACCUACGCCCUCGUGGGCGAGGCCCUCACCGGCUGCGCGGAGAAAAGGCUGAAGCUCGCCAUAUUUGGCCACUUGUCCUGCAGCUCCCUGGAAUACAACUUCCGGGUGUACUGCAUGGAUGACAUUCCAAGUGAUCUACAGGAGGUGAUGACAGAAGAGAGGAACCAGGGAGGACAUUUGUUGGAUGAGCCCAGAACAAUACAUUUCAAAGCUAACUCAUAUGGCCUUCAAAUCUCCCUACUCGACAUACCCCAGUUCCUGUGGAGAGUAAAACCACUGACGCUGUUUCAGCAGGAAAUUGCCUUUUCCCAAAUAUGGAGCAGGAAGCAGAAGCCUCUGCCAUGUGCCUUCAGAGUGGAAAGAUUCAACUCAGCAACAACUCAGCUUUCCUGUAGGAUCUGUGUCCGACAGCUCAAAGGCGACGAGCAGACCUUUCACAUCAAUACCUCCAUCCUUGAGGGCGAGAGAGAAGCUGUUCACCUCUGCACACAGUUUGCAAGUGGUGUGACCAAUGUAACAGGCCCCAAACCGUUUAAGAUUCCAUAUUCCAUCAGGCAGAAAAUCUGUUCCACGUUCGACAUUCCCAGUGCAACAGGCAAGGACUGGCGGCUGUUAGCACAGAAACUGCAUAUUGACAGGAACUUGAGCUACUUUGCAAUAAAGAGCAGCCCAGCCAGCACCAUCUUGGACAUCUGGGAGGCGCAGCAUCAAAACGACAGGGACCUUGACUCCUUAGCCAGCGCCCUGGAGGAGAUAGGCAGGAUCCAGUGCCCCAGCUCUAACACGCCAGAAGGGGACGGCGACGAGGCAGACUACAACUACGGCGGAUGAAGGCGACCCUUGCGUGGCCGAGCCCGGCCGCCCAUUGGUUCAGCUCCCUCCCUUCCCCCUGAGCAAGCGCUGCUCAGUCACAAUAUAGGAAAGAUUUCUCAGGAAAUGCUAAAGGUUUACUGUCCAAAUCUUUGGAUGUGUAUGUAAAUAGAAUUUAUUUGUAAAUACUCCCGGUAGGGGUGCACCAAUUAUUAACGAUUAGAGGAACCAGUCCUCAGUUCAUUGGCCCAUUAAAACAGAUGCACAUAUUUUAACUGGUAAGUUCCUCCUUGCGUCUCUCUGCCCAGUGCUACUCCAUGGGGUGACCCAGCACAAAUCUCAUAAAAUGCUAAGGAGAUGCCACUCUGUGCUUGCCUGGAGGAGUGUGGCCCCAACUGCCUUCAGGAAACUUGAGAACAACCUACAAAAGCAGCCUCUUCGGCUGGCAGCACCAUCCAGACUAUUCAAAGUCAAAGCCAAGGUCAUUGUCAGAUCCAUUUUCUUUUGUGGACGAGUGCAAUCAAAACCUUGCAACAGCCUCACAGGCACGUUGCAUCAUCAAAGCAGCGUUUGCAAGAAAACCGUAAAUUAAAAAUAAAGGCUACACUUUUUUUUUACAGGAAAGAACAUAGUUAGAACAAAAAUUAAUGUCCACGGUGUUGCUAAAAUGUAGUGUGUGGGCUGUGCCAGUUGGUUCAAGGGCCAAAUGGUUGGAGAGAAGUACCACAGCUGUUCCUGAAGCUGGUGGUGUGGGACCACGGGCUUCUGCCUGAUGGUGAUUGUGAGAGGACGCCACCUUUGAUGAAGGAUGGUGGCUUCACUCUUCCACCGCUUGUUGCAGUGUGCUCCAUCUACAAGGUACACCAUGGUGGAGAAGGUGAGGAGAAACUUCUUCUCUCAGAGGGCGGUGAGAGUGUGGGACGAGCUGCCGGCGCAAGUGGUGCACGCGAGCUCGAUUUCAACAUCUAAGAGAAGUUUAGAUAGGUACGUGCGGUUGACGGUAGGGGUAUGGAGGGCUAUGGUCCUGGUACAGGUGGAUGGCAGUUUAAAUGGCUCAGCAUGGACUAAAUGGGUCAAAGGGCUUGUUUCUUCGCUGUACUUUUCUUUAUGGUUACCAGCAGAGCCUAUCCUGACAGCACCAGCCUAACCCCCUGACUUCUGCCACCUGGGAGGACCAAGGCACAUGAGAACACCAACAUAGAUACCUUCACAGGUUGCUUGGAAGUGUAUAACCUUUACUUUAUGGUCACUCAGUCAGAAUCCUGGAAACCUCCAAGCACCUUGAGAGAAUGCUCAUACACAGACUCUCAGCUCAGCUCUUCACAAGAGCUGUCAAGGUUGAGCCAGAUGCGCUGGGUCCAUAUCCUGUAUAUAAAUAUUAUUUACUCAGAAUACUUAUCCAGAAGUGUCUCUUCUCACCAUCCCCUAAGCCCUCGCCUUCUUGUUCCUCGCUAAAGGGAAUGAGAAAUAGUCCGUCGAUUCUGAUCAGAAUAAAAUAUCUCCGUACUCUUCCCAAGAAAAUGGAGUUGAUGCUUUAUCAAUGGGGGACGUCCCUCACUAUUGACCUGUAGUUGUAAGGGGCUCUGGUGGCUCUGAGCUUUGGACUGAACCCGUCUCCCAUUGCAAUAGCUAGGCAGUUACGCACCAGAUGAGUCUGAAGUGAAAGGUGUGAGUUUCUGGGGCGAUUCAUUAAUUUAUCAGAUGUACAUUGAAAUAUACAGAGAAAUGCGUCAUUUGCUUUAACAGACAACACGACCUAAGGGUGUGCUGGAGGCAGCAUGGAGGCCUUAGAGAGGACUGAGGAACAAAUUUUUCUCCCAGGUGGUGGUUAGAAUCUGGGAUGUUCUGGUGGAAGCAGAGACUGUCACAACAUUUAACCAGUAUGCCACAGACCCUUACCAUUUACCAAGGGGUCCAUGGAACCCCCAAUCUAGACAAAUCCAGGAAGGUUACAGACCAAAUGGGAUCAGAAUAGAUUGGGAGUAGCAGACAGGAUGGGCCGAAGACCCGGUGUUGAAUGACUCUGUGAUUCUAACAUUAAUCAAGAUACCCCAAGGCUGUAUUCAGUUUAUGUUGAAGCAUAAUUUUCAGUAAGCCAUUAGCCAAAGCUUUGAAAUACGUAUUUAAGAUAUACAACAGUAUUGUAAGGUCUGCCUUCUCCAGGUUCUCAGAGCCCAGUGACCUCCUGACCAAGGGUCCACUUAAAAGUAUAUUUACUGUAAAUGUCCUCCUACAGCAGAAUGGGGUUGAAAGGGAUAAUAAAUCAGCCAUGGUCGAAUGGUAGAGCAGAUUAAUGGGCUGAAUGGCCUAAUUCUGCUCCUAUAUCUUAUGGUCUUUAAGGUCCUGUUUCAUUUUACAAUACUGGGAAACGCUUCUUUAAUACUCGAAACAUGCCUGUACACAAGGCGUUGAUCUACGAGUUUCGCGGUCCCUCUUGUAAUAUUUUGUUAAGAUUCCCGUCCAUCCAAGACACCGAAGACACUGGGACAGGGUGGGAUGCCCACUUGAAUUAAGCAAAUCUUGAGGCCUUCAUUUUCAUGUCAAGCACUUAUUUAAUUAGAAGGCAAAGUAAUUGUUGCACCUUUAUAACGAAGUCAAUGUUCCAUUCUCCUCUCGCUCCUGAAUAGUGUCUUGUUGACAUACAUCUGCCGCAUAUGUUCUUGCUGCAUUCUUGAUGGAUUUUGUAAGCUAUUUACUAAUGUCUCCAUUCUGCCAGCAACCAGCAAAGACCAGUUUCCCUUGAAAUCCACAUUUUAACAAAUUGGUGGAUCCUUGUGUGUUUAUUUUUGCGUACAAAUCAUUAAAAUUUCUGUGGUUC